GAGCUGGUUGAGCCGUCACCAAACUUCUGCAGCAAUUGUGGCAAGAGGCUUCAACUUCAGGAAAUAUUUAUGGAAGAUACUCCACAAUGUUCAACACAACAGCCUGUUCCAUCCUGCCCUGCACCAGCCCUCAGCACCUUCCUUGAAUACAGAAAAAAGAAAAAUGAGGAGCGACAAAAGUAUUCUCUUGGGAAAAAGGGGUUAAAGCAAAAGGAAAAAAAGAAAGUUCGGAUAAAUAUUGGCUUGAUGACCAUUCACAAGAAUGGUCUAAAGCCACAGCGUGGAAAAACCAUUUUGCUUGCAACAGAUCCAGAUGUCUCUGCCACACCUCUGCUCAGUCUUGCUGCUAAAAAAAUGAAGGACUUCAACAAAGAUAUAAAAGAUGGACCUUUCUUCCUUCUGUACCCAGAUGGGACAGAGGUUAUUAAUAUCCCUGGGACACAAACACCGUUUACUCUCGCAGCUUAUAAGGCUGAAAUUGGCAAGUCAUACCAAAGGAUCUCUCUUUUCCUCUGCUUGAAAAGGGACUUUGAAGAAGUUGGAAAAUUGUCAGACUCGUCCGAUUCCGACCCAGAGGUUAUUAUUAGAAAAAACUCCGAGUUUGAUCUUGCUGAUACACUGCCAUGGGAACCUAUGGAUGAAAGCAGUCCUUUGCAAAAGGUGGCAGAAACAGAGAAUGGUGUUGGGGAUCUCGUACUUGCAAAUGAAGUACAACAGGUUAUGGACUUGGAUAACAAUGGCAACAAUCCAGGCACCAGUCAAUGUCUCACUGUCCAGAGCUCCUGUUACAGAGACUACACCACUCUCUUUGAGCCCAUUGUUAUUGAUGAUGAUGAUGAGAUUGAAUAUUUUACAGAAGACAAAAAGCAGGACCUGUCCCCAGAAGAACAUUUACAAACAAACGUGCAGCCACAUGAUAUUAUUGCAGAACUGGCCAAGAAUAUUGACCACAAGAAAGUCAGCCGGUUCAACAUAUGUCGUACUGAUGUGUGGGAUGGAGCUGUUCGGGGCUUUCAGAGGAGCACAUACUCCGACAAGAACGACAUGUUCAUCAAAUUUAACGAUGAUGCUGGCUGUUUGGAGGAAGGGUUGGACACAGGUGGCCCGAGGCGUGAGUUUCUCACGCUUCUUAUGGCCAUUCUGAGAAAUCGUCCUAUCUUUGAUGGACCCCCAGAAGCUCGUUACGUUGGGUGCAAUUCGAGAGCUGCCAGGGAAGAUGAGUAUUUUUUAGCAGGAAAGAUGAUUGCUGUAUCGAUUGUACAUGGGGGACCGGCACCACAUUUUCUCUCAAAGAACCUGGUCAACUACAUGAUAGGGAAUCCAAGUUUCGGCGCCACUGUUGAAGAUGUUCAAGAUGAGGAGAUAGGGAAAGUUCUAAAGCAGGUCCUGGAAGCUGAAUCAGAUGAAUCUCUGCUAAAUAUAAUUUUUCAAAACAGCGGGAUGUUCCAAACUGCUGGUUGCUUCAGAAGUGUGAAGAUUUCUGAGAAGAAAGCUUUUGUAGAGGAGUAUCUCAGAUGGUACAUCCUUGACAGAAACCACAGUGCCAUUCAACGAUUCAAAGAUGGACUGGCAAGUCUGGGGUUUUUCGCUGCACUGCAACAGCAUUCCAGUGUCCUGUCCCCAGUCCUAUGUUUCUCUGCCAAGGCCCUGACUGCUUCAGACUUGGAGACCAUGUUCAAACCAGAUCUCAGCCCAGUAGGAACCAAUAGGCGGCAAAAGGAGGGCAAAACUAUCGUCUUCUGGGCAGAUUAUUUGCUUGAUUGUGAAGAGAAAAACACUGCUGUAUGUCUAGAGGAAGUCCUGAUGUUUGCUACAGGUCUGACAGCGAUUCCACCAGCAGGCAUGAUGCCAUCCCCACAUCUUGAGUUUUUGAGUGAUUCACCCUUUCCUGUUGCAAACACCUGUGCAAAUACACUGAAACUGCCACUUUUGGAAUCUUACGCUGCUUUUAGGGCUAACAUGGACUUUGGAAUACAAAAUGCUCCGGGAUUCGGAUGCUACUGAAACUGAAAGAAGAGAUUUCUUGGCAGUCUUGUUCUAAUGCUGUUGGCAUUCAGCUAAUUUUGUGAAUGUGAAUACAGGGUCCAUGUUGUUCUCCAUUUCUGGGUGGCAAAGCCUUGCCAUAAUUUCUGAAAAGAUUAGAUAAUAUGAUGUCCUUUUCAAAGUGAUAGCUUUGAAAGGGACAUCAGCUCAUGAAGUCAACAAUCCGUUAGGGCAAAUUCUGUAUUUUUUUUUUAGAGUGGUGUAUGUCUGGUUUAGGUUCACGGUCCGGGCAUUUCUAAUAUGUCCAUAAUAUAGUUUUUUUGUAUUAUCUUAAAAGGGGAUACACUCGGCUUUCAUUUAAGCCAAGUUUUGAAUCUGACCAACUCAGGUCACCAGAGCUUGUUAAAACAAAAUAACAUGAAUCCUUUUCGCCUAACCAAAAACAUUGUUUGUAAUCCAAUGGUAUCUAGGGACACAAGAGUUGACAACUGAAAUACUCAGACUAAGAAAUCCUGAAAUGUACCAAAUCUAUACUACCAUGCAGUCAUGUUUUUAUGUGGUUAUUAUGGAUUACAUAAUGGUGGACUAAUCUAAAAAACAGUAUAUGGUAUACAUUUCCAGAUUUCUUAGUCUGAGUAUUUCAGUUGUCAACUCUUGUGUCCCUGAUGUCCCUGGAUACCACUGGACUAAAAACAAUGUUUCUUGGUAAGGCAAAAAGAGUUUGUGUUAUUUCUGUUUAACAAGCUGUGGUCAGAUUCGAAGCUUGGCUUAAAUGAAAGCUGAGUGUAUUCCCUUUUAAAAUGAUACAAAAUUUUAUAUUGUAGAGCUUUGACAAAUGCCCAUAUCGUGAGCCUAAACCAGACAUACACCAGUCUCAAAUAACAGAAUUUGCCCAAAGGGAUUGUUGACUUCAUGAGCUGAUAACUAUGAAUAAACUGCCACUUUAGAAGGGCUAUCCUUCUAAAGUGGCAGUUUAUUCAGUUUUCAGCAUGAUUUCAUAUGAUUUUCAUAUGAUUUUGCUAUCAUAUGAAAAUAUCUAAAAAUAGAUAAUAUUUUAUGUUAUAUGUUCUUACCUUAACAAUGAGUUUUCAUUUGAGUAAAAUGAACAGGACACAAAAUAUAAAAAAAAAUUUAUUCAGGUUGUUUGUGUCUACAGCCUUGCUAUGUGUUUGAGGAAUAAAUACAGUUCCAUAGCUGA